UGGCUCUAAAACGGAAAAAAAUACAUCCUGUUGCAUAUGGAGACAAUGGGGAGGGGGAGGUGAUCUGCCAGCCCCGAAGAGUCAGAAUUGCGCUUGGACUGCUUGGUUUGAUGGGGAAAACGUAGAACUCACCACUACAGCGGGGUCGGUAAAUUAUGCUUCGAGACAGCUCACAAUAAUCGAAUAACUAUACAGAUCUGAUUGAAGGUUU